ACGUCAACGGGAGUCCGACUUCAGUCAGCCGCCGGUGGUCACAGAGAUCAUGUGGCUGCAAUGUAUCACCGUUACUGUACUGAUCGCCGCGACUUGCUCCCGCGAAGUUUUCACCAACUCCUUUCUGGUGCGAUUCAAGAGGUCCCUUCGUCACGAAGAGGCCCACAACAUCGCCCUUCAUCAUGGCUUCGACAAUCUGGGCCCGGUCCUAGGCUCUGAUACAGAAUGGCAUUUUUCGCAUCGUGGGCUGCCACACGCCCGCACUCGACGAUCCAUUGCCCAUGCCCGAUUAUUAAAACGCCACCCUCUUGUACACGCUGCAGUACAGCAGACGGGAUUUAAGCGUGUCAAACGCGGCUACCGUCCACUACGCCUACCGGAAACAGAACCUGCUGUUGACCCUCGCGAUCCCUACUUUCCUCUUCAAUGGUACUUAAAGAACACAGGACAGAAUGGUGGCAAGCCCAAGCUUGACCUCAACGUUGAGGCGGCCUGGGAGCAGGGAUACACCGGCAUUAAUGUCACCACUGCAAUUAUGGAUGACGGUGUUGACUAUAUGCACCCGGACCUAAAAUACAACUAUAACGCGGAGGCCUCAUAUGACUUCAGUAGCAACGACCCAUUCCCUUAUCCAAGAUACACUGAUGAUUGGUUUAACAGCCAUGGAACAAGAUGCGCCGGGGAGGUUGCCGCAGCUCGGGACAACGGGGUGUGCGGCGUGGGCGUGGCAUACCAUUCUAAAGUUGCCGGUAUAAGAAUGUUGGAUCAACCCUACAUGACCGAUUUGAUAGAAGCAAACUCUAUGGGGCACGAACCAAAUAAGAUACACAUCUACAGCGCUUCUUGGGGACCCACAGAUGACGGCAGAACUGUUGAUGGACCCAGGAAUGCCACCAUGAGGGCUAUAGUUAGGGGAGUCAACGAGGGUCGGAACGGGUUGGGCAAUAUCUACGUCUGGGCAAGUGGUGAUGGCGGUGAAGAUGAUGACUGUAACUGUGAUGGUUACGCGGCCUCAAUGUGGACAGUUUCUAUAAAUAGUGCUAUUAACGACGGCCAGAACGCCCACUACGACGAGUCCUGCUCCUCAACCCUCGCUAGUACGUUCAGCAACGGAGCUAGAGACCCCAAUACUGGUGUAGCUACAACUGACCUGUAUGGCAAGUGCACUGCCACGCAUUCAGGAACUUCCGCCGCCGCACCGGAAGCAGCAGGAGUUUUUGCAUUGGCCCUACAUGCUAACGCGAACCUCACAUGGCGUGACAUUCAACAUUUGACGGUAUUGACGUCUAAAAGGAACUCAUUGUAUGACGCAAAGGGCCGUUUUCAUUGGACAAUGAACGGCGUCGGGCUGGAGUUCAACCAUCUAUUUGGUUUUGGAGUGCUCGACGCUGGCGCCAUGACAGCUUUAGCGGCGAAUUGGCGAUCUGUGCCUCCUCGGUAUCAUUGCGAAGCUGGAUCUGUUAAAACGCAUACUGAAAUACCAACAGAUGGCAGCGUCACUCUUCGCAUCGAGACCACGGCGUGUUCUGACACGGCAAGUGAAGUGCGAUACUUGGAACACGUUCAGGCAGUCGUUAGUGCGAAUGCUUCGCGACGUGGUGACCUCGAAUUCUUCUUGACGAGUCCAAUGGGAACUAGAUCAAUGAUACUAAGCAGGCGAUCAAAUGAUGAUGACAUGCGAGAUGGUUUCGUCAAGUGGCCUUUCAUGACGACACAUACCUGGGGAGAGUAUCCACAAGGCACCUGGACUUUAGAAGCUCGAUUCAACGGUGGUUCAGGACCCAGUUCAGCGUCAGGUUGGCUUCGGGGAUGGUCUUUAGUCCUUCACGGAUCCAAGGCGCCGCCCUACGCUCAGCUGCAGCCCCAAGACCCAUAUUCCAAACUAGCUGUCGUCAAGAAAGCACACGAAGACAACGCACAUACAAAAUAAGCAACUAAUCGUUUCAUUUGGCCUAGCACGUGAGAAAAUGGGGCCAAUUUGUUUGUUAUUCAUACUUAGCCAUUGUGAUGGAAUACAAAUGCUUGAUUUGUUUAUAUUUUUAAAUCGUCUAGUUAGAAUCUAUUUGGAGAACGUGGUUUUCAGUUACUGUAUGCUUUGAUUAUCAUUAUUUUAUUUAUAGUAACAAAGAAAGCAAAAAUCAUCUCUUGUCACGUGCUAGAGCAAAAUACAGAAUUGUACGGCAGACGUUUUACAUACAAAAGUUUAUUUUAAAAUCUCUAUAGUUACUUAAUUAUUUAAUUUUCGAUUUAGAAUACAUGCCGAAUUUCGUACUUACUAUCCUCAGUUAUGAGAGUUUUAAAUGCUUUAAUAAUUUUAUAUUUAAAUAUAUAAAAAUAUUUUAUUCACACAAUUGCGAACAGCUAUUAUAAAUAUCGAUUCAAUAUAGUAUUUGUAAUUCAUACGGGUUUAUUAUAACGGAUCUAGUCAAAACAACAUCGUCAGUAUUACAACUAUUUAGCAUAUUGAGUUUGAAGAUAACUUCGUAAAUGUACUGUUUCUCUAUGAUAUAUUUCAUUCGUCUUAAUAAAUUUAAACAACAUAUCACACUAUGAUAUAUCCCAUCUUUAAUCACCAAAGAUAUAGAAUUCAAUCUGUCAAGCAUAAAUCUAUUAUUUUAUAAAUAUUUUGACUCAAGACAAUUAUGGCGCACCAUAAUUCAAAUAUACUUCUUUAGACCCAGCUAUAAGAAGUGUAUUUGGAGUUUCUUAUAACUGCUAUAUAAGAUGUAAAAAAAAUCUAUUUAAAAUAUAAAUGAAAAAGAACGUGUGUGUACUAAUGUACACGCGUUAGAAGUUAUACUUCUUUGGCGUAUUGAGAUAAAAAUCUUCUCAAAAAAGUUAAAGUUAAAAAUUGGUAUUUAAUAGAUUGAAAGUUUUAUUAUAAUCAAGUUAAAUAAAGUUUAUUUAAAAAACUCAGAAACUAAAAUGUUAACUAUAUCAAACUUGAGGGUGUUGGUUUUUUGUGACGGUGAACGCGCGCAUCGUAAAAAUUCAAUUUCAUCAUUUUUACCCUAACGCGCCAAAAGAAGUAUAACUUCAAAAAAAAAUUCCUUUUGGGCCCAGCAUGAAAUUUAAAUUAUUAAAAUAAUAAGCUUCCAUACUAACAAAACAAAAGUUUUAUAUUGGGCAAAAAAGUAGGUAAUACAAAUUAGUAGAAUAAGCGCAUAUAAAGAGAAAUAUUAUGUAUUACUAUAUUAAUAGAAAAUAUAAUGUGAUUUGGUGUUGUA